AUGUACUUCGCAUACUGGAGAAACAUUGCCUCGUACACCACUCUGUCCAGUCUUGUGUCGGAUGGCCAACGAAGCAUGAACACGCUUACCAGUCAACUCAGUCGCGUUGGUAACAGCCGUCUCCCACGAUGGGCACCACCGGUCGAGACAAAUCAAAGAUACCGACUGGAUGAAUCUUGGUCCGCUCUGUUCCAGUUGCAUGGAUUUGUCCGUUCUUCAGUGUCAUCCCUGCUCUCCUUUCAGUUGAUACCAGAUACACCCAUGGGCAAACCACAUUGGGAGUUAUGGCCCGUUCAGAUGCAUGAAGGCUUGCUUGCAGCUCUUCAAACUGGAUCACAUUAG